GCAACAACAUUUAUAACUUAAAUACACAAAAUCUUUACACGCGCAAACAGAACAAGAACAUCUCAUUCUCCAAACGACUUCUUCAAUAACAACUUCUGUCUUCCAACAAAUUAACAAACACAUUCAACUUUAACAACAACAAAACUAAACAAAACAAAAACACAUAAAUUAACCUAUAUAUCAUCUUUUGCAGAAAUGAGAAUAUUUUGCUUGAAGCCUAAAACACCGUCGUUUUCAGUAAAUUCCAACAGUUCACCAUCUUCAACUUCAAGUUCAUCCAAAAGCACAACACCUUCAAUCAGAAAAGCUACUACACGAAUAGAAGCAGCAGAAGCACUUAUACAAAAAUGGAACUCCGAAACCUCGGAUUAUGCCAAAGUAACUUCCAUCUUCUACAACGACAGAAACGAAGCCAUUCAGUAUAUUCACCACGUUAACCAACUUCAAAGAGCCAUGCACUCGUUACUCGAGCUCGAACCAUCGUCUCCGAAACUCAUCCAUGCUCAAAACCUAAUGCAAAUCGCUAUGAAGAGGCUCCAAAAAGAGUUUUACCAGAUAUUAACCAUGAACCAGGCCUGCUUAGACGCUGAAUCCUUCUCUGUCGGAUCCUCCAGAACUUCUUUCUGUUCUUUUGAUGGAGGAACACCGGAAGAAGAUGAUAUUCGCGCUGCAGAGGAUUGUAUCUCUGAAGUCGAACGCAUUUCUUCCGAUGCUGUGGAUGAUUUGAGAAUUAUUGCUGAGUGCAUGGUAAAAAACGGUUAUGGAAAAGAAUGUAUAAGAGUUUACACCACGGUGAGAAAAUCCAUCGUCGAUGAAGGUAUUUAUAAACUCAACGUGGAGGAACGAAGUUUCUCGAAGAUGAAUAAGAUGGACUGGGAAGUUCUUGAGAUGAAAAUCAACAGUUGGUUAGAGGCGGUUAAGAUCUCAGUGAGGACGCUCUUCGCCGGAGAGAGGAACCUCUGCGAUCGAAUCUUCGCUUCGAAUUCCAUCAAAGAAGCUUGUUUUGCUGAGAUUUCUAAGGAUGGAGCUAUUUUACUUUUAAGAUUUCCUGAAGUCGUUGCAAAAACAAAGAAAUCAAAGCCGGAGAAGAUUUUUCGCUUGCUUGAUAUGUACGCUACAAUCACCGUGUUGUUGCCGGAGAUUGAAUCAAUUUUCUCGUUUAAUUCAACAGCAGUCGUUAAAUCUCAAGCAUAUAAUUCGCAACAUCGAUUAAUCGAGUGUGUACGAAAUCUUCUUUUGGAAUUUGAGUCUACAAUAUUGAAGGAUUCUUCCAAAUCAGCGGCAAAUUUCGGCGGAGUUCAUUCCCUGACAGAGGAAACAAUGCAGUAUCUCAUUACUCUUGCAGAUUACAGCAACGUGCUCUCUGAGAUAUUCUUUGACAUUCCUCCUCUGUCGAAGUCACCGUUGCCAGAAUCUUACUUAUACAGUCCAGAAUCAUCAAACAAUACUCCUGAAAUGGAGACUGGAUUUUCCGUUCGAAUAGCGUGGCUGAUUCUGGUUCUUCUUUGUAAAAUUGAUAGCAAAUCGAAACAAUGCAAGAAUGUAUCGUUAUCAUAUCUAUUUCUCGCAAACAAUCUCCGGCACGUGGUGGAGAAGGUGCGUCAAUCGAACUUGCAAUACGUUCUCGGCGACGAUUGGUUGUUGAAUCACAUGGAGAAGGUGAAAAAGUUGAUAGAGAAGUACGAGAGAGUAGCGUGGGGAGAAGUGUUUUCGUCAUUGCCGGAAAAUCCAACGGCGGCAAUGACAGUGGCGAAGGCGAGCAAGGUGUUUAUGAAAAUCAAACUGGAAUUCGAGAAAGCUUAUCGGAAUCAGAGUUCAUUUGUUUUGCCGGAAUCGGAAUUUCGCGAAGAGAUAAAAGCUUCUCUCGCAAGAAAAAUAAUUCCAAUUUAUCGCGAGUUAUAUACUCACCAGAUUAUGGCGGGAACCGUUAGUGAAAUGAAGGAAUAUUUCGUUUUUACCCCUGAAGAUGUUGAGAAAUACCUGGGGAAUCUCUUCUAUGACGGAAGAGCUUAAAAGCAAGCUCUUAUUCUAGUAUGAGUUUAAAAAUAGGCAUGCGAAACCAAUGAUAAAUAUAUUUGUUUCACAAAAAUGUGAAGCCAUGUGAAACAGUUUGCAUUUAUAAUUAAGUAUAUGAGAAAUUAGUUCUAGGCAUGCAGAAGCUUGAUAUAAUUUUGGUUUUGGAUCAUUUGAUGCAAAGAAUAAUGUGCAUUAGUAGGUGCACCGGUAUGGCAUGGCCAAUCCAUGGAGUUGGGUUUGAGAAUUAUUUAUGUCUUUCUCUUAAUGUAUAUAUAUUCCUUUGUUGGCUGACAA